AUGGCAAACCUCCUCGAACCUAUCACCAUAGGAGGUAAACUCCCUCUCAGGAACCGUAUCGCCAUGGGUUCAAUGACUCGUAACCGCUGCAUCGACGAUAACAAACCCGACCCAAGUCAGAUCAAGUACUAUGCCGAUAGAGCCAAGUACAGCACCGGUCUCAUCGUCACUGAAGGCACUUUCGUCGACUGGACUGGUUGCGACUGGAAACACGCUCCCUUUAUGGUCACCAAGGAGCAUGCAGAUGCAUGGAGAAAAGUAACUGGCGCAGUUCAUGAUGUUGGAGGAAAAAUCUUUUUUCAGGCGUGGCACGCUGGAAGGUGUCAGCAUGAUCAGUUGUCUAUUAUAAGAGAGAAGGGUGGCAAGGUUCUGGCUCCUUCUGUUAUCAAAGCUCAGGGAGGUAAAUAUCGAGACUUGCCUGGCAUGCCUGGGCAUACGGACAAUAUCGAUGCCAUUACACAUGUUCAAGCUGUUGUCGAUACUUAUAGGCGAAGCUGCGAGCUAGCUAAAUCUGCUUUGAUGGCGUUUAGCUCCUUGCUCAAGGUUGCUAACUUGCAUCACAGCGGCUAUCUACCCCAACAGUUCCUCAGCAGCCGCGCAAAUCACCGCACCGACGAAUAUGGUGGUUCAGUUGAGAACAGAUGCCGCUUCACCCUCGAACUCGUCGAUGCAAUCGCCGCCGUCGUGGUGCCGAAACGGCUCCUGGAUCAGGAGAAUUCUUUGGGCCUCUUCCUCACCCUGAAGGCUAUCCUCUGCCUCCUGGCUAUGAUCCAGUACUUGACUUUGGGAAGCUUGUCAACCAAUACACUGGUUGAAGCUGGAAAGCUGGAUAUGAUUACGUUUGCGAGAGCCUUCAUCUGGAAUGCGGAUCUUGUUUCUCGUAUCGCUCACGGAAUACCUCUCGCCGAGAAUGAUAGAGGUCCUUGGGUUUUUUAUGGGCUGGAAGAGACACCAGACGAGGGUUACAAUGAUUGGCCAGUAGCCUCAACCGCAUAG